UGACGAUAAACACAAAUUCGAUAGACGCAAAAUGUAAAGCAACAAGAAAAUAAACAAAAUUAUGCUGAUAACAAUAAAUAAUAAUAAGGAUUGAUACGGACAAGCCAAACAAUGGAACUGAGCAGGCCAAAGAAGCGACGCAAGCAGCGCAAACGCAAACACCAACGUAAGAAGCCAAAGGCGUCAGCAACAGCAGAAGCUGCUGCCGCUGUGGGUGCGCCACAGUUGCCUGCCGAGAUUUGGUGCAGCACGUACAAGUCUCUGCUGGCGUGGCAUCAGGCACAGGUGCGUAGCGUCUGUGGCAGGAGAAUGGAGCAGGCGGAAGCUGAAAGCAGGAGUGAGAGGGAGGACGACGAGGAGGAUGAGGAAGUGGAAGACGAGGAGCUGGAGGAGCAGCAGUUGUUUGCCGUCCCCGACGAGGUGGAGGAAGUAGAUGAGGAAUAUCUGAAGUUUCUGGAAAUUACGCUGCAGCAUCAGGAGGAAUUGAAACGCACGCGUGCCGCAGCUGCCGCUGCCGCCGCAGAGACUUAACUGCCGAAACCUACCGAGAAUUUAGAUUUAAGAUUUUUAAAUUCAAGAUUUUAUAUAGACAUACAGUGAAAACUCACUUUAGAGACAAGUUAAGGACCAUUCAUAAUUGUAUAUAAAAAUUUUUGUAAUUGUAAAUUUCAUAUUUCGAUUGAUAUGUUAAAUGUUAAAAUAAGCAAAUGGAAUAUGAUUUUCUCUUAAUAUAUGUUAGCUUAAAUAAGUUGAAGUACAGAAGGUUAAGAAUGGAAUAGGGAAAAGCAAAAUCGACAAAUUAUAUGAUACUGCAUUGUAUGAUACGAAUAGGAUAACAAACAUUUAGAAGAAUUAAGCUCUGACACCCCAUAUAUAUGUACAUAACUCAUGCUAAAAGCAAA